CGCAGCCCAGGUGUAAAUGAGACCGAGUGAGGCUGCAGCCCGGCCUGCCAGCACCACCCGAGUCCCGUCCCCGCCGGGCGCCGCUGUCCCCGCGCAGGCCCCGGGGAUGUGGCCAGCACAGUGACCGCCGCCGGGCCGAGGCCGCCCUGAGAGGGCCGAGCCAGGUGCGCCGGCAGCAGGUGCCUCCGGGUGCGGGCGUGUGUGGAGCCCCUGGAUGGAGCUUGGGAGCCGGGCCCCUCAUGUCUGUCCUGCUGACUCUGUGUGUCGUGCUCCUGCCCCUGGCGACCCUGGGCCGAGGCGCCGGGCGAUGGGAGCCCUGCUCGGACCUGCGGCCCCUGGACAUCCUGGCAGAGGCAGUCCCUCCUGACGGCGCUGCAGUCGGGGUCAGGGUGACACAGGCCCAAGGUGUGCAAGGACUUCAGCUCUCAGCCGCUGCCCCCCACGACCUGAGCUUUCCCGCGUCAAGGAUGUUCUUCAGAUGCGACCUCUUCCCGGAAGAAUUUUCCAUCGUCGUAACCUUGAAAGUUCCCAGUCUCCCCCCUAAGAAGAACGAGUACCUGUUCACGCUGGUGGCGGAGGAGCGGGACUCGCUGCUGCUCGGCCUGCGCUUCUCGCCCACCCAGCUGCACUUCCUCUUCCUCAGGGAGGACGGGGCGCGCGCCUGGCAGGCCCGCGUGUCCUUCCGCGGCCCGGCUCUGACGGACGGCCAGUGGCACACGCUGGUCUUGGCCGUGUCCGAAGGCUCCUUCUCCCUCACCACGGACUGCGGCCUCCCCGUGGACAUAAUGGCUGAUAUGCCCUUCCCGGCCACCUUAUCGGUGCAAGGCGCCCGCUUCUUCAUCGGCAGCCGGAGGAGGACCAAAGGCCAGUUCACGGGCCUGGUGAGGCAGCUGGUUCUGCUGCCUGGCUCAGACGCCACCCUGAGGCUCUGUCCCUGCAGGAAUCCUGAGCUCGCCCUGCUGUCCGUCCCCCCUAUCCUGCGGGGACUCACGGGGAAGCCGGAAGAUAAUGAGGUGCCAAAGUAUCCCUAUGAAGCCGACGUGAAGGUGACGCUGGGAUCCCGGCCGCCGUGUACCAAAGCGGAGGACGCCCAGUUCUGGUUUGACGCCGGCCGCAAGGGGCUAUACCUGUGCGUGGGCAGCGAGUGGGUCUCCGUGUUAGCAGCCAAAGAAAGGCUGGAGUACGUGGAGGAGCAUCAGAGCCUGUUCACGAACUCGGAGACGCUGGGUAUCGAGGUCUUCGUCAUCCCUGAGGCCGGGCUCUUCGUGGCCACCGCCAACCGGAAAACCACGUCCGCCAUCUACAAAUGGACCGACGGGAAGUUCUCCUCGUACCAGGACAUUCCCACGCACCAAGCACAGUCCUGGAGACACUUCACCAUUGGAAAAAAGAUCUUCCUGGCUGUGGCUAAUUUUGAACCGAAUGAAAAGGGUCAGGAGUUCUCUGUCAUUUACAAAUGGAGCCAGAGAAGGCUGAGGUUCACACCGUACCAGAGGGUCCUCACCCACAGCGCCCGGGACUGGGAGGCCUUCGAGGUGGCCGGGGAGCACUUCCUGGCCGUGGCCAACCACCGGGAAGGCGACAACCACAACAUCUACAGCGUCAUCUACAAGUGGAACCCAGGGACCCGGCUCUUCGAGGCCAACCAGACCAUCGCCACAUCAGGCGCCUACGACUGGGAGUUCUUCACGGUGGGGCCCUACGCCUUCCUGGCCGUGGCCAACGCCUUCAACGGCACGUCCACGCAGCUGCAGUCCCGCCUGUACGUGCGGCUGGGCGGCUCCUUCCAGCUUUUCCAGUCCUUCCUGACGUUUGGUGCCGCAGACUGGGAGGUUUUCCACAUCGGGGAGAGGGUGUUUCUUGCCGUCGCGAAUAGUCACCGCUACGACGUGGAAAUGCAAGGGCAAAACGACUCCUACGUCAUCGACUCCGUCAUCUACGAGCUGAACGUCACCGCGCAGACGUUCGUCAGGUUCCAGGAGAUCCGCACCUGCAGUGCUCUGGACUGGGAGUUCUUCUCAGUGGGAGAAGAUUAUUUCCUGGUGGUUGCAAACUCCUUCGACGGAAAUACCUUCUCGGUAAACAGUAUUAUUUACAGGUGGCAGGGGUACGAGGGCUUCGUGGCCGUGCACAGCCUCCCGACCUUCGGCUGCAGGGACUGGGAGACCUUCCGCACCGCUGCCGGCUCCUACCUGGUCUACUCCAGCGCCAAGGAGCCGCUGUCCAGGGUGCUGAAGCUGAGGACAGGGUGAUGGGGCCAGGGACCCAGGAAUGGGGCCCACCUGGCCGCACCCCAGAACCUCACCUGAGAAGGAACCUCCAGGGACCAGGACGAGCCUGGGAGAAGCUGUGGCUUCCAGAGCCACCACCUCGCCGCCCCU